GCUCUUAUUGAAGCAAGAAGAGGUUUGGUUAGGCUUGAUCAUCCUAAUCAAAUCCACAGUACACUGGUGUUUCUCUGUGGUUAUGCUCUCCUUCCAUAGAUAAGUUUCAAAUGAGAAUGCAUACCCUACUUACGAUUUUUUUCUCAUAGGUAUCUACAAGGCUAUCCAUCAAGGUACACUGGCUGUGUUUCUUUAGGCUAGCGAGCUUCAAGUUCUCAAGGUUUGUUCCACUCAAGCUGGUUUCUUAGGUGGCUGAAAGGUCAUCCAUCAAGACAAACAGUAGGUUCAAGACUCUCUCCUACACUCUCUGCAUGGCUGUGCUUCUUUUGGUCGGUUAGUUUCAAGAUGACAAAGGUUGUUCUACUCAAGUUGGCUUUUCUAGGUUUCUACAAGGUGAUCAAGCAAGGCGUACUGCUGAUUCAAGACUUUCCCUCUACGGUUGUGCUCUACUUUGGUCAGUAUCUGCAAGGCUAUCUAUCCAUGUUUACUGCUGGCUCUCGAUCGUCUCUUCUUGGUUGCGCUUGGUUAUGCUUGGCUGUGCUUGGUUGUGGUCAGCAAGUUCCACGAUCACAAGGCGCCUUCAAGGCUAUCCAUCAAGACAUACCGAUACCUCAAAACUGUCUCUCUUUGAUAAUGCUCUAUCUUAGUCCGUAUCUGCAAGGUCUUUUGUACAAGUAUCACUGGACUUUCAAGACUGGUUUUCCUAGCUCUGGUUCUCUUUGGCCUUCCAAGGUGUUUGUUCAAGGCUUCAACAGGUCUUCAUGGUGUGCGUUUCCUUCUUUGAGUCUUCUUGUUUCUGUUUAAGGGUCUGAUCAG